AUGGGCGCGGGCCAGUCGAGCGAAUAUAGUGGAGCGUCGCCAGAGCAAUUGAGCCACGUGCUCGCGGAACGCUUCGCAACAAAAUGCUUCACUCCACUGGAGCUCACCCACUUCAAGGAUAACUUCUACUCUCGCACUGCAGAGCAAGGAGGUAUGCGAUAUUGGAACGAGAAGACCCUCUCUGAUUUCCUGGGUGUUCCCGAUGGCAGCUUCUCAGCUAGCCAUGAGAAUCCCCUCGAUGCAGGCCCAGUCAUCUUCCGAAUGGUCUCAUAUCUUGGUGCCUUUCCUUUCCAGAAUACCAUGGCUCCCAGCGUACUGACGUUUGAGGCGAUGGUCAAGGUGGCUGUGUUGUUGACUGAGCGUUACGGCAAAGCUCUACGAAGGGGGCGCAAGGAUCGGAUCAAGCUGCUCUUUGGCAGUUUGGCAGAUGUUGGGAGAAAAGAUGUCGGACCACCCGAUGCUGGCAAAGAUGAAAAUCGGUCGUCUAAGGAGGAGAUUGGUGCUUCGAAUCCUCAAUCCCACCCUCCUGGACUCUCGAUCGAUGAACCGGCGAAUGACGAUUACGAUGAAGACGAAGACGACGAUCUUGCCCUCGCGGCAUUGGAGUCUCUUGAUGCAAUCGAAGUCUUCAAACACGAUCACAAGGUUGAUCGAACGGUUUACGAAACGCGCAUUUCCAUCGAUACAUUCCGUCGGCUUCUCAUGCUACUUCUCGUGAUUGCGCCCCUCAAGUCCCUCGAGUCGGUGAAGAACUACACGUCUGAUCUCAACAAAGAGCUCAUCGAAAACAUACAAAAAGAGGCGAAUCAUAUCAUCGCGGCGUUUUCUCCGGAAGAAAAUGAUGGAGGGAUCUCCUAUCAAGCUUUUGCUCGCACAAUCUCCUUAUCUAUGCCGUACCUAUUCGACCCUCUGACGCCAUUGUUUGAGCACUUGCUCUUCAGCAGAAACCUGAACCUUUCUCAGAAGAGGCACAGCGACGCCACUCUUGAACAGGAAAAUGCUGAAAAGGAAGAAGAUAUAUCUCCACCGACUUCGAUUUUGCUUCCAGGACGUUUCGAGUCAACGAUACUCAACCAAACCGUCAUUUCCCACCUAUCUUUCUUCCUCCCAUCCGUCUCAUCCUCAAUGAACUUAUUCCGCAGCGGCGUCCGUCUACACCCCGUCUUCUCAACAGCCGCUCAUGGUUCCUCCCUCACAUCAUUCUCCCACCACGUGAUGACCUGGCAAUCGUCUUCUCUCUUACUUCUGCAAGGUAUCCCAGCAGAAGGUUCAGACCAAGAGCUCAUCACGCUGGGCGCCUAUAUCCCUCAACCAUGGAAAUCACCUUCAUCCCACAGCUCUUCCCAAUCCCAAGCCUCCACCCCUCUCCCCUGUCUCUUCCAACUAUCCACAAAACACGAAGUUCUCCCGGGAAAUCCAUCACUGUCCGUAGAACAACGGACCAACACCCCAGCCGCCUGGUUCUCAACACACUCCGGCAUCGCAAUUGGCUGCCAAAUCCCCCCAGCUUCGCGCACGAACCACACGCAUCCCAAGCCACACGGCGCAGGAAGUCUCCUCAUCGACGUGAAUCUCGAAUCGGCAGAUUUCUACACCGAGCCUACUAGACAUGAUGGGGUCUUCUUGCCCGCCACUAGCGCGUGUCUGAAUGACCGACCAAAAAAGAUCAAACUCGACAUUUACUCCUUCGAGAUCUGGGGUGUUGUUCCGGAUCCGGAACAGAGCUCGGCUGAUCCCAGUAGCGAUGCUGUGAAGAUGCAGCGUGCGAAAUGGGAGUUUGAGGCUAUGGAGGCGGAACGCCGGAGGAACAUCAAUAUUAAGGCUGGGGCUGGGGAUUCUGCGAAGGAGAGUGCAAGGUGGUUGUUGGAAACGGCGGGGAUUAUUACGGACCAUGGGCAGCAUGAUCGAUAA